AGACGGGCGAGGAGGGCGAGAAACACAACACCGACGGCUGCACACCUCGAUCGCCGCAGCGACAUGCGUGCUCUCUUACUGCUUGUGCUCGUCACUGUCUCUCUUGCACAAAAAUCGUUCCGAUCUCGACGAAUUGGUACCGAAGGCCAGGUGAUUUCAAAAAUACUCGCUGAUUACGAUCCGGCAACUCGUCCACCCGUUCGAGACAAUGCCGAUCAUUCGUCAAUCUUGGUCAUCACGAACAUUUUCAUCAAUAGAGUCACCUGGCAUGAAGAUUGGGCAGAAGUCGAUCUUUACCUGAGACAACAAUGGGAAGAUGGGCGAUUACAGUAUGAUGUCGAUCCACGGGAAGGAAUUGAACAGGUAUCCAUCCCAAGCAAUCGCAAAAUAUGGGUACCGGACACGUACUUUUCCACAGCCAGCGAGGUCCAAAUGCAUAAUCGACAAAGCCUCUUCGUCGAACCUUCUGGAUAUGUUCGAUCGUCACAGCAGAGAACACUGAACGUGCCUGUCACUUAUGGAAAGUCGUUUCCCUUCCUGAAUAAAAGAUCAUUCGUUCUGCGACUUGCUAGCUAUGUCUAUCCACUCGAGGAUGUCGCUUAUUUAUGGGCUCAUAAUCCACCACUGCUAGAACCGGUUGAGGUCUCAAAUGAUCUGCUACACAGUGAUUUUCCAUUCGAAGAAGCUAGUGCUGGAGAUUGCAUUGGCAACUUUACCCUCGGGACUUACUCCUGCAUUGAUGUAGUAGUAUCCUUCAGCGGAUCGACAUUUGGAACCUUCAUCAACUGGUUCUUACCUACACUUCUUUUGGUUAUCGCUUCUUGGCUGCAUUUUUGGAUUCACGGAAGUUGGUCGGUACCGCGGACGAUUUCGGCGGCAGUUCCAUUUUUCAUUUUUGCAGCUCUUUUCCUUUUCCGACGUGAUUUCGUCACAGCAACUCCUGGUCUAUGCUGCUGGUUAAGCAUAUGCCUUUUUCUUACAUUCCUGUCGUUGGUGGAGUACUUUGUUGUAAUAUGUUGUGGAAUCCGUCGAUCGAUAAGAUACACAGCAAAUGGGCAUCAGGAGGAAAAUCCGAUUGGAUCAGCUAAGGAGACACUGGAGAUGGCAUACGACACGAGAUGUGGAAAUUUCAGAAACAACAAUGGUAUCGACAUUAUUGCUCGUGUGCUUUUCCCCGUUAUUUUUAUUUUUCUCAUGGUGUUUUACUUUCUUUUUCUCAUCUGAUAUCUCAAUCUCAGUUCUUGUAUGCCUUGCAUUCUUUCUCUUUUUGAAUAUUGCUUUCAUUUUUGUGCCAAUCGCUACAUCUGCUAAGUGCAAUUCUUUAUAGACCUAUUAUGGCUAAUUCAGCACAUGCUUAAAGCAUUUGCAUUUUUCUGUAUUGGUAUGAACACUUUUAGCAUUAUUUGCGCAUUUUUACGGUAGUAUGAUUGUAGAGUUUUAUUGCAUACCAUCUGC